AUGACGUCAAAUACGGAAAUUGAAGAUGCUGAUAAUGUCUCUGAUUCCGAUUCUCUCGCAUCAACUGCCGACAGUGAAAUGCAGUCCGAAUACGAAGUUGAGACUAUCCUUGCCGAGGAAGUUACUGCGAAUACCAGAGAGAUAAGAUACCUGGUCAAAUGGGCGGGUUAUCCUCUUCAUCGUGCUAGUUUGGAACCAGCAGAAAACUUUGACUCCGAUAUUACUUUGGUCGAGUGGGAGAAGAAGAAAUGCAAUAUUCAAGCGGGGAAUGAAACCGCCUUCGACUUGAUCAACUGGAAGCGAGACAUCGCCGCUCGCGAGAAAGAAACUCAACAACGAAAGCAAGCUCGUCGAUUCAAAAGAGCCGAGAGAGCCGUUCGGCUCUCUAGGGCGCUUUUUUCGCCAGAAAUUGAAGAAUUUUCUCAGCCAAAAGAAAAUGAAUCCAUUCAGAAUGAUUCGCCGUCGGAGGCGCGUCUCUCAAAUGCGCCGUCUGAUCAUGACCGAGCUGACAGCAGCUCCUCAAUUGCCUCAAAUAGAACCCCUCUUUUUGUGUCUUCUGAGACGCCUCAAACAAGCGGUAAAGUGCAAUUGUCUACCUCGCCCGGGCAAGGGACCCCUGCAGUAGGGAAUCCUAGUCAGCCCCGCUCUUCUUCGCCGCCUCCAGGGGAGGUUCCUCAAUCUUCUGAAGCACCCAGAGCAGAGUCACGGCGUCAAGCGAACAGUAAAGACUCGGAAGGAUGCCAGCGCCCCCCGAAACAAUCAGACGUGAAGCAGACACAAUCUACUAAACAACCCCCACAAAAGCCUGCAGAAGCACCGUUGUUUGCUACCUUCGGUGCUAACCAGACUGUUCAAAAUCGAGGGUCCACGUCUAAAUUCGCAACUCGCUGGGGGGAUCGAGAGCCAACUAGAAGCCAAGUGAGCUUAAUGAAGCCUUCGGAAUUCUCUGAACGAACAACUGGUGCAUCAUUUUCUAAAUUCAACCUUCCCAUCACUACAUCAAAUGCAUUUGCUCCUAGUGAAUCCCCAAGAGAGGCGGCUCCUGCUGUCUCGGAAGCGGCACCCUUAUUUCCUUCAGAAACAAGAGCACCCCUACGGGUCGCUACUGCUAUGUCCGAAAGCCAGGGGCGGAAACAGAAACCUCAAGAACAAGUCAGCCACCGUGAUUCUCUUUCAUUUCGUGGUGAUUGCUAUAGGCCCAGAGAGUCUGGAAAUGGGAGCUUUCGCCAGCGCUCGGAAUUUCGUCGAGGAUCGAACUCCCCGGAGCGCCGGCGAAGAUCCCCAUCGCCCUAUGAGAGAGCUCGAUCACCACGCGGCCAAUUGCGAUCACGAUCGCCUCGCGGAAGAUUUUUUGCAUCUGACACCUAUUCUCCCUCGGAUUCUUUUAAUUUGCCCGACUCCAGCAGACAAUUUCGAUCAUCUUCAACAUAUGACUCUCAUACGCCUGACAAGCGUCGGCCUUUGACUUCUACUAGUGUUCGCGAGAAAAUGGCUCCAUCUAAGCCGCUACCUCCCAAGGAAUCGGCCCCUUCCAGCAUAGAGCCCGCUUUGUCUGAGAGCGCAAAGAUCGCCCAAAUGCCAACUGGUACUCCAGAGGAAGGCGCAACGAAAACCACUAAUGGGUACUUUUUUAAUAAACAUGAGGUUCUAGCGCACGUCUUUUUUGGCCCAGAAAGGAAAUUCAUUGGUGUUGCACGAUUAUGUGGUAUUACAAAGGAAAUCAAGCUUGAUCUUCUUGCAUCAAAGGCUUCAAUGCGCAAAGGCAGGCCCUUCGAAAUGUGGUUCCGUGAUCUCUUCAGCCUUGGCGAGUACACCGAGCUUUGCAAUGUUGCAGCGAGCUUCGACGAGUCGAACAUCUUAUGGUGCACAUCCUGGAUGGAAGGGUUCGAGGACUCCAAUCCCGGGAUAUUCCAUAUGACAGAGUAUCUUUUCAAGGCAAAUCGAAUGGCCGUUUAUUACCCUGAAACCAAUGGAAAUGCGUGGCUUGCAUACUCUCUCAAAUCUUCAGACUUCUCCUUCCUCACACGGGGAGAAGCCCGGGUGCCAUUCGGCGUUCCAAUUCGCCUUGGUGUGCGAGUUCCUCUGCCGCCUCCCAAGUACUUGACUGAUAGACACAUGAAUCCUACCAACCUAGGGCCUCGUAAUCAAUCAGGCUCUGCCGUUCAUUCUCCCAUUGAUCGCGCUAACCCCAGCGCUUUAGGAGGCGUCACUCAGGCCGCGGGAACCGAAACGUCAAACCCUCGCGAUCCAAAUCAACCAGCUAGGGUUGUAACAGAUCCUCGCCUCAGACAUCGUCCAUUUUUGGCUACUGCAUCUGCGCAAGGGAACGAGCCAGAACAAUCAGAUGCCAUGGAUAUCACACCAGAUGUUCCGCAUCUAGUCGACAACAGCAACCUGUCUUCGUUUACGGGUAACCAGAACGACGCCCUACCAGCAUCGCAUAAUCCCGAGGCAAUAAUCAAAAGCUUUUUUCAAGAUCAACUUCAUAUUACAUUCAAGGAGCUCGCAACUAUCCUAAGUUCUCGAGACAAGUCUCCUGCAGAUAUGUUCUAUCUGCACUUCCCAGAUGAGGAAGAAGCUCGCAUGGAGCGAAACAUACUGGAAAAAUGGCUUCAGAAACAUGGUGUAGUAGUUUGGUCUGAUUGGGCCAAAUUCAUCAAGAACAGCAAGGGCGGUGUUACUUUGUUCCAUGAAUCAUUUCGCGAUUAUCAUACACUGGAACCCGCAAUUCGAGACGUUCUCAGAAACCCUGAAAUGGGAUUCUGGACAUGCCGUCUUUCGCGUCCUCUAGAGUUACCUGACUUACGUUACUGCCAAUCUGGUGCACAUUUCCAGCGCAUACUUUCUCGCGGAGGUGCUUAUCUCAUCACCGAUGAUUUGCUUGAACACGAUGUUGAACGAGCGGCCGUAAUCAUGGCCUGGAUGUACGAGAUUCUGAGAAAGAAUGGCCCAGGAGACUGGAAGAUGUUCAUACGCCCAGAUAUCAUGGCCUAUCUGGAAGAGAGGUUGAACAAUCCGAGGCGCGACAAAGGUCAGGACAAGCAUUUGGUCAACCUUAUCUUGGCCAUCAUGAAAUGCAACUCGAUGGACAAGAAGUUUCCUCACUUCCGACCUGAAAGUCUCGAUCCUAGCCGUCUUGAUGAAUCAAACAGCAACGUCGUUUCGAUUCCAUUAGCUGGCUAUGGGUCACGUUCAGAGAACGCAGCAUUUCAUAUUCCCAGGGGCCUAACACAGGCGGAGCGGAAUGCCGAUCACCUUGUCGAAGCUUUUGCAGGCUGGACGCUCAUCUAUGCCGCUCGUUUUCGGAAAACAACCGUGAUCUCUAAUGUCGAUAACCCUUUACUGCUAAGUCACUGGUCAUCGUGGCGUCACGCUUUUCAUUACUCUGCCAAAGCAUUCAUAUCCCGGGGUAGAAUCGACGAGACGGUGGUGCUAGACCGGCUCCAUCGAACACGGAUGCCGGCAACUCAAAAGAGUGGCAAGAAUGAUUUGCCUUCCUCCCCUAUGACCCAAACACCACGAACACCGAGUGCUUUAUCCAUUGGUAUCCCUACGCCCAGGGAACCCCCAAAGGAGCUCCAGGCGAAUGCACCAACUGCGCCGAAAACUGGCGAGUGGAAACAGCCUCGCAAGCACAACUACCCCACCCCAUACCGUUGA